CUAAUCGCAAAAUGACCGGCCGUGGCAAGGGCGGCAAAGGACUCGGAAAGGGAGGCGCCAAACGUCACCGCAAGGUGUUGCGUGAUAACAUCCAGGGCAUCACCAAGCCCGCCAUCCGUCGUCUGGCUCGUCGCGGCGGAGUCAAGCGCAUCUCCGGGCUUAUCUACGAAGAGACCCGCGGUGUGCUGAAGGUCUUCCUGGAAAACGUUAUCCGUGAUGCCGUCACGUACACCGAGCACGCCAAGCGCAAAACCGUCACCGCCAUGGACGUUGUGUACGCUCUGAAGCGCCAGGGACGCACCCUGUACGGUUUCGGAGGGUAAACGUGUCUCUCUGCGG